AUGGAUCCUUUGUGCUUUCCCACCACUCUUGGCCAAGAAACCAUUUCUCCAGAUGUUAACUUCUCCCUUGAGGCAAAUGCAACGAGCAACAAGACCAUCACAUGCCCUCCUUUCUCCGACAUCCGCUCUGUCUUCAUCCCAAUCAUUUACCUCUUGGUUUGUGCCAUUGGGCUCAGCGGGAACACCUUGGUCAUCUACGUGGUUUUGCGCUAUGCCAAGAUGAAGACAGUUACCAACAUCUACAUCUUAAAUUUAGCCAUUGCAGAUGUGCUCUUCAUGCUCGGCUUGCCAUUCCUGGCUACCCAGAAUGCAAUCUCCUUCUGGCCCUUUGGAACUUUCAUGUGCCGUUUAGUUGCAGCUUUUGAUGGCGUUAACCAAUUCACCAGUAUUUUUUGCCUGACCGUCAUGAGCCUAGAUCGCUACCUUGCUGUCGUCCACCCUAUCAAGUCCACCAAGUGGCGCCGGCCAAGAGUGGCCAAACUGAUCAGUAUGGCAGUCUGGACUCUCUCGUUUUUGGUGGUCCUGCCAAUUAUUAUAUUUACUGAUGUCCAGGAAGGUUUCCAUACCUGCAAUAUGAACUGGCCGGACCCGAUUGACUUAUGGUCUGCAGUGUUCAUCAUUUACACAUCUGUCUUGGGGUUCUUUGGACCUCUGCUGGUGAUCUGCCUCUGCUACUUGCUGAUCAUAAUCAAAGUCAAGUCAUCUGGCAUCCGCGUUGGCUCUACAAGGCGCCGGCGGUCGGAGAGGAAGGUCACCAGGAUGGUGGUCAUCAUUGUGGUCGUUUUUGUCUUCUGUUGGCUCCCCUUCUACUUCGUGAACAUUGUCAAUCUGGUAUUCAUAUUGCCAGAGAAGAUGGCCGUGGGGGUUUUCUCCUUUGUGGUGGUGCUGUCUUAUGCAAACAGCUGCGCAAACCCCAUACUCUAUGGAUUCCUUUCUGACAACUUCAAGCAAAGCUUUCAGAAGGUCUUGUGCCUCCAUAAAGGCAACGGCAUCGAAGACGGCGACCCCACCGAACAUCGGCUGGAGAAGAGCAGCCACCUGCAGGAUGCAAUGCUGCCCCAGAGAAGUGUCGAAUUCAAUGGGCAAAUGCAGACUAGUAAGGUGUGA